CGCCAUUUUUCAAGAACACAAUAAUUGACGUUCGCCAGUCCUCAUUUUCAUCUCUUUGUGUUGUAUUCACGAUGUGCAGAGUGUCCUAGUCCUCUUUUUGUACGGAGAUCAUCCUUGUUGACUCGAAGUCCGUGGUCGUGGCAAGUUUGGACAGUGCGUCCGCGUGCAUGUUCUCUUCUCGCGGUAUUUGGACAUAUGUCACUGUUUUCAACUGUGCCUCUCGCGCUCUGACGCGCUCGAUGUAUUGGGCAAGUGUGUCCUCUUUGGCUUCAAAUAUUUCGUUCAGCUGGUUGACGGUAUUGGCGGAGUCGGAAAGAAGCGUUGUUACACUUAAGAGUUCUGAAACGGAUGGCAAUUUCGUGGAUAGCCCCUGCGGGCAUUCUUAUGACUACGCCCGCGCUAACUCCAUGUUUGCUGGAGGCCCCUUCGGCGUAGACCUCCCACGCUCCGUCGGGUUGUCGCUCAACGUUACUCCUUCCGCGAUGAAAUCGGCGAGGAUUUCAGCUUUGUUUGCCGGCCUUGGCGCAUACUAGAUGUCAUAUUCUGAUAGUUUGACUGCCCAUUUUACCAUCCUCCCUGACACUUCCAUUGAGCUAAGAAUUCUUUUGAGCGGCAGGUUUGUGAGGACUGUGAUCAUGUGUGAUUGGAAGUAAGGGCAUACCUUCUGAGCUGCACUUACUAGCGCUAAGGCGGCCUUUUCGAUUCGGGAAUAUUUUGUCUCCGCGCUUGCUAGUGUUUGCGAUGUGUAGUAGAUUGGCUUCUCUGUCUGCGCGUCUCUCCGUGAGAUUAGCACUGCGCUCACUGCUCUCGCGGAUACAGUCAAGUACAAAACAAAUUUUCCUUAAGCCC